AUGAAUAUAUUAAAAUUAUAUAUUAAUAUAUCGGUGUUAUUAUUUUUUAUUAUAUCCAAAUAUAAUCCUCAUAAUGAUCAUAAUAACAAAUCUAUUAAUAGUUAUAAUAAAAUAAAUUCAUCAUCAACUUAUACACACAGUAGAAUACUAAAACAAUUGGAAUUUAUUACAUUGGAAGAGAAGACAGUCAAUGCAUUACAAGAAAUGUUAGAUAGUGUUGAAGAAGACCCAAGUGAAAAAAAAUGCAAUAGGCUUCUUGCAAAAUUAAAAAUAAGAAAUGAAUAUCAUAAACAUAGAAAACCUCAUAAUUAUUAUGCACGAAAAAAUAAAAAGAAAGAACAAAAAAGACAACAUUUAAAAAAAAAUAAAGGUAAAUUAAAUCGUCUACAACAAUUAGAAGAAAAACUAUUCACUCAUGCUGAUCUUUUAAGAAGCGCAAUUUUUGAAAGAACAUCAAGGGUACCUGAUGGAAUAUUUUAUACUUAA